AUGGGAGGUGUAUCAUCUGCUCUUGAUCCAGCCAGAGGCAGAGGGAUCUCAGUCCCGGACGGCUACAAAACACCUUCUUUCCCUUCCUUAUAUAUACCGACGAUACAUAGCACGAUUUCACAAAGGGGCGUUUUCUUAUAUGAGGCAGAGGCAAUAUGGCAUUUCACACUUUAUUGGACAUUGAUUUUAAUCGGAUCAUUAUUUCUCAUUUGUUCAAUCUUAGCAUCAACGACGAUCUUACUCAAUAUAACCAAAUAUCGAGAUAAACCACCUGACCCUCCCAACAAGCUCUCCAAUGGGAAUCAAACUGGUAAUGGGAAUACCAAUAUUCAGAUACAUUCAUCAAAUAAAUCAAAUAACAUCUUGGAGCAGAUUAAAAAGAGAAAAAGGAAAAGCAAAAAACCACCUUUAUGGCCAAUAUUCAUUUUACCUAUGAUAGUAUGUCUUUUAGCAUCUACAAUUAGUCUUAUAUCAGGAACCGUGGUUGGAUUCGCUUUAGCUGCUAUUUAUUCUGCCGGUGGAUUUAGUAUGUCAACAUGGGUUCCAUUUCUUUGGGCACUGAUUCAAGCUCUUGUUCUGGUUAUAUCGAGUUACUCCACUCUCACAUCAAUCUUAUAA